AUGGGACGGUUCUCAGGAGACACAAAAGAUCCGGCCGUCAAUGUAUCGACAUGGUUUCUGCUGGUGACUUCCGCGCUGAGUGUGAUUUUUCGGCUCGGGACGAAGUAUGGUUCGUUUCGCACGCUCACUAAUGAUGAUUAUCUGAUUGUUGCGUCGUUGGUGUUCUGCGUCGGUCAAUCCGUCGCAGUGUCAAUGGCUGUCGCAAACGGCUAUGGAUAUCAUUAUUCUACGUUGAGCGCAGAGCGCUUCGACGAUAUGAUGAAGUCCCAAUAUGCCGCUUCUCUCCUCUACCCUAUCAGUCUCUACUUCUCCAAGAUAUCCCUGUCAUGCUUCAUCCGCAACCUGACCCCAAAGGCCAAAGACCACCUGGUCGCAUACGUGGUACAGAUCUCUGUGACCAUUCUGGCGCUGGUCUCUUUCUUGGGGACUGCUUUCCAAUGCAGUCUGCCCAGGGCCUGGGAUUAUUAUGCGGGGAAAUGCAUGAACCUGGCAGCAUGGCACUAUUUCAUGGGCGCGACCAACAUCAUCACCGACGCCAUGAUCACCCUCCAAGCAUUGUAUCUGAUAUCGCGCAUCCAAACGUCUCGAAAACGCAAGAUCGUCUUUGCUAGUAUUUUUCUCUCGCGAGUCCUGGUAAUCCUAAUCAGCAUCCUGGAGCUCAUCCUCGUCUCUCAAACCGCCAACACCAACGACCCCUCCUACAGCACAUGGGGCAUCACCAUCAGCAUCGAAACCAUCCAAUGUCUCAGCAUCGUGACCGCCUGCUGGGCCCAACUGAAACCAUUCCUGAAUAUGCUUAAAUCCAACGGGUUGCGGAUCCAAGGCGUGGAUUACCGAUCGACCAACAACCAGACGAAAUGGUCGACGACGCGAUCGGGAAACCCGACGGAGAGCAAAUACACGCGCAGCGGGGAGCACGAGUUGAUGGGGAUGGGGGCGGGCCAGGGGAAUGUCACGACGGUGUCGGCGGCGCGGUUGUCGGAUGAGGAUAGCCAGUCGAGUCAGACGGGCAUCAUUCGGGAGAUCCGGACGUGGGUGGUGAGUGAGGAGGUGGAGACGGAGGAGACGUGA